AUGGCCGAGUCCACCUCCACCACGCGCACGCUGACUGUCGGUGUCCUGGCGCUGCAGGGCGCCUUCGAGGAGCACAUCGACAUGCUCGAGGGCCUGCGCGCCACCUCCGCAUCCGGCCAGUCCGUGGUCGUGACGGCCGUGGCCAUCCGCCUGCCCGAGCAGCUGCAGGGCGUGGACGCGCUGGUGCUGCCCGGCGGCGAGAGCACCACGAUCGGCAAGGUGGCGGUGCGCUGGGGGCUCAUCGAGCCGCUCAAGCAGUGGGUGGCGGCGGGUCGCCCCAUCUGGGGCACGUGCGCGGGCAUGAUCAUGCUGAGCAACCAGGCCAAGCACGCCGAGGAGGGCGGCCAGACGCUCAUCGGCGGCCUGGACGUCGAGGUCUCGCGCAACUUCUUCGGCGCGCAGGUUCGCAGCUUCGAGAUGCUCGUAGCGGGCCCGCCGGGCUUCGACGCCGAGCCCUACAACGCCGUCUUCAUCCGCGCGCCCGCCAUCAUCUCGGUGGGCGAGCAGAUCGAGGUGCUCUCGCGCGUGGCCAACGCCAAGCCCGCCGACGGCUCCGACCCCGUGGACGUCAUCAUCGCCGCGCGCAAGGACCACAUCCUCGUCACGGCCUUCCACCCGGAGAUCACGGACGACGCGCGCUGGCACCAGUACUUCCUUGAGGCCGUCAUCCUGCCGCGCGUAUAG